UUAACAAUCCCUUUUAGUUUGUCCUCCGCAAUAUCAACAUGCUGUCCGGUCGUGUGUGUCUGCACCCACAGAGUCGCAGUUGCAAUAGCAAUUCGUCUUUAAUAGGAUCAACCAUAUCCUCUCAAGCUACACACUCUCAGUCUUCCGAAAUCCACUUGAGUUCUUCAACACCCAUCUCAAUCAGUAUGGAAACUACAGUAUGCAGCAAUGCCCAUCACACAUCACUGCCUGCCCAUCCUCUUUUAACGGCACAGUCCUCAGAUACAGCAUCAGUACCGUUGGUAGUAAACGAGCAUGCUGCAACCUCGAGUGGCUGGAACGAGCAAGAGUCGCUAGCCCAACGUUUGCGAGCUAAAAAAGCUGCUCGUCGAUACCGCAAUGACUUGAACCAAGGAAAUGCAGGAUGCAACUCAUUUGGCUCAAAUCUCAGCAACCUUAGCAGACCAUAUUUACCGAAUGUGCUGCAAUCACUUCGUGCCAUGGACACCAUGUAUAAUGGCCAUUUUAGGAAAUGGGUUUGUGAUGAAGCCAAUCUUGCAAACAGUGCACCCAUUCUUGCACGCAUUGCAAACGAAGGUCAUUCCAUUCCUCGAAUUGUAAAUGCUCUGCGAUGGCUGACAACACACUGGCCAAUCAGAUCAACUGCACUGCUUCUCCGCCAUAUCACAGCUGCCUGGGCAAAGGACUGUUGCUGUUCUGAACCUCAGUGUCCUGCAUGGGUUAGUCCUACCGAGUUUUCACCACCCACUCCAUCACAUGUACAUCUAUCUACCGCCACAUCUGUAUCUAUUCCUACAACUACUGCUUCACAACCUGCUACUGGCCUAUCCAACUCCGCAGCGACCCAUACCUCUGCUCCUAAUCUAAACACUCGUAGCGUUGACAGUACAAAUUUAAACUCUACAUGCCAAACAGCUCCAACACCAGCCAUUCGACCAGCUCCAUCACUUGAUAGUUCUGCCACUUUACUACAUCUGCAUCACACAACCAACGAGCCUGUGGCAGCACAGACUUCUCGAUACUCAUCUAGCUAUCGGCUUUGCUUUCACAACAACACAUAUCAACAGCAACCACCUCAUAUCUGGCCAUCUCUGGUCACACCUCUCGCCCAACGUCGCCCUGUCAAGCAACCGCAACAUUCAUUCCGCUCUGCCUCGACGAGAAAAACAACCAAAGCUGCAAUUUUAGUCCAGGAGCUGACUGUGGUUUGGGAACCUCAUGCAGUAGCGGAUCUGGUUGCGUGCCUGCUAGAUGAGUGGCCAUGUUUGUCUCAGCGCCGUCUUUUUCUGACAACCCUCACAAACUCUUGGGAUUUUGGAAGACUCUCAUACUUUUUAAUUUCUCUUGGAGAUCGGACCAAACUGGAGCACAAGACAAAAAUUCUACUGCUUCGUGAUUCUGCAGAAAAAGAUCGCUGGCUUGGAUCGUCAUCCUCGUCCUUCUCUCAUCCGCCCCCGUCCACAUCUCCUUCUACUCGACCGUUCAAGCGACCAUUUACCCCACCUAGUGUGUCGACUGAGAUUUUGGUGCGCUCUCUUUGCCCAGAAUCUAUUCGUAGUGCUACUUCAAGCAGAACCAACUCCAACCCUCUUCGUGGUCAGUCUUUACUUGUCUUGGCACAGUCCUCGACUGCAAAUAGCAGCUUUGGCCGCGAAACCGGAUUGGGAGCAGAUAGUCUUGGAUCGCUGCACUCUCCUGCAGAAGGGUCAAGCACACUUUCAGAUGGCGACUGCCCUGGACGUGUUUCUACCGCUGUUCACCAAGAACACUUGACCAACUGUGGAACUCGGCCCAACAUGUAUCAUGGAUGUCGAGACACUACUGGCUCUUCACCUUCCACCCACGGGCUGCAUCUUCCUGAUAUUGAUCUGAAAACACUGGACGCUACACCAAUGGAUCGAAAUGAUGAGAUGGAUGUUGAUCAGCCCUAUCUUUAUUGAAACAAUAAUACCAAUUUAUUUUUGGAGUCGUCGAGUUUUUAAAUAAAUGACUGUUGUCUUUGAAAAAUG